CCGCCAAGCAAAAAGAAUACACACCGCGAAGUCGAAUACAAGCUCACCACCACACAGGGCCAGACAAAGAAAGACGCGCUAAAUGUCGCUCUGCAGUGUCCGAGAGCGGCUUCGCCGCACGCCGCUGUCGGACGCCGUUGUGCGCCGCAUCCGCGCGCUCGGCCUCGGCCGGGAGCGGGGCGGCGCCGUGCGCCUCUCCGACGAGCAGCUGCGCGAGGGCCGGCGGCGCGAGCUCGGGCGGAUGGGCCUGAUCCGGGCGGCGGCCAACCUCGACGAGCUCCCGCGCGCCGCAGAGGCUGAGCUCGCCCUCGCCGGUCGCUCGAAUGUCGGCAAGAGCUCACUGCUCAACGCGCUGGUCGGGAAGCGCUCGGGCGGGACGACGACGCGUGGGCUCGCGCCGGUGCAGAACAGGCCGGGCGUGACGCGGUCGCUCAACUUUUAUGGCUCGGAGCGGCGCGGCGCGCGGAUUGUCGACAUGCCUGGCUACGGGUUUGCAUUCGCCUCGGACGGCGCGACUGCGCAGUGGCAGGCUGCGAUGCGCGAGUUUGUCGUCUCGCGGGGCGGCCUGCUGCGCGUGCUGCUCUGUGUAGACGCGCGGCAGAGCCUGCGGGCGCUCGACCGCGAGUUUCUGCUGAUGCUCGACCGCGAGGCGGGCGUGCCCUGCCUCGUGGUGAUGACCAAGUGCGACCUCGUGCCCACCAGCGAGCUCGCGCGCCGCUUCGCGGUCCUCGAGGCGGACUUGGCGGAGCUCGGCCUGCGCGGCUUGCGCGCGGGCGUGCACAUGGUGUCGAGCCGCACGACCGCGGGGGUGCCAGAGCUGCGCAGGGCGAUCGCGCGCGAGAUGCCAAAAGGAUGGCUACGUUUCCCGCGCGGCGGCACCGAGGCGGCGGAGGUGGGGGGGGCAGAGGCGAAGGCGGGAGAUGCGGCAGAGGAGGAGGAGGCGGAGGCGGGGGCGGAGCCGCUCGGUCGGACGGCGCGGCGGCAACGAGCCAAGGUCGCGGCGGUGGCUCGGCUGAGUCAGCGCGUGGCGGCGGCCGACGCUUGGGCGCGCCGCAAGUCGCGCCUCUCGGAGCAGGAGCGCAGCAGUCGCGGCCGCUCUCGGCGGCGGAGGCAGUUUGGUGGGUGA